AUACGCAGUUUUGCUUUCGUCACAGCUCAGCCUAGCCAAUCCGUUCACAGCUGGCGCGCGCCUUUAUGGAAUGACGGCCGGCAGCGCGAGCCACGAAACGCGUCUAGACAACUCGAGUUGUGCGUCUUCUGUUUAGCGUGCACGCAAGAGCGACUACGGAGCCGUCAUCACAGGAGUAGACGGACGCGCCGAGCCUUACGGAACGCAGUUUCACGAGAGUCGCGAUGCUUCGUAACGUGCGCAUUCAGCGAGAGCUGGAGAUGCUCAACUCGCAGCUGCCUCCGGGAAUCGUGUGCAACCCGGUCGCCGAUAUGUUGGACAACUUCGAAGCUGCCAUCACUGGAGCUAGCGGAACGCCGUACGAAGGAGGAAUUUUCAAGCUCAGCAUUCGCAUACCCGAAAGGUACCCAUUUGAGGCUCCCGUAGCAGUGUUCCAGACACCAGUGUACCACCCCAACGUGGACUCCACGGGCCGCAUCUGCCUAGACGUUCUCCAGAUGCCACCCAAGGGUCGCUGGCGGCCAUCGCUGAACCUUAAGGUUGUCCUGCUCUCACUUCACGCUCUGCUGGCACAGCCAAAUCCUGAUGACCCUCUUGUGCCCGAACUUGCUGACCAGUUCAAGUACCAGCGUGACAUGUUCAACCGGCUCGCCGCUGAACACACUCGACGUCAUGCCAUGGGCUGAUCCUCCGUCACACCAAGCCAGUUUUGUUGAUGCCAUGCCCCCUUCGGGCCAGUGGGCUUUCCCUGUUUCAGCUCUGUGGAGAGUUGAAACCAAGAAUAAGUUGUUCUUGUUGAGAGUUUGAUGCACUUGUAUUUAUUUAGCAUCUCUAAGCCUGUGGGCUCGCUAGGAUCUUCUCAUAGCCGGUUCACGUUUUUAUUGUGAGUUCAUGAUCGAGUUUUAUGUGACGUCCUUCUACAGUGGCACAAUUUUCUGCUGUGCUGAUACGUUUGGAGCCUCACGUAGGGAAUUCGUAUUGUGCAAUGGUAAAUGUUUUUGUAUAAGAAGGUGGGCCCCGAGAAAGAAAAGAGCUGUUGUGAAGGAAGUUUUAGUCUUGUAAUAGAUAGUUAUAACAGUAUAGUAACACAAGGCAUCUUUAAUCUAGCAGCCACUGCACAAGUCGCACCAGCUUGUGCUGCAUUGACCAAAGUAAUAUGUUUUAUUGAACUAGGCAAGUGUAAUGUUACCUCAAGGCUGCAAAAGUUUGCCAUAGUGUGCAAGUCUAAACUGCAAAUUUGGAUAUAUAUAUAUGUAUAUAUCAUGCAAUUUUCGCCUUUGAAAAAACACUUCAAGACAAUAACUUUGUUGCAGGGUGCCUUCGCUACUUUCGAAUUCUGUUAAUUGCAUAAUGACGGGACCAACAAAAGUGACAGAGUUCUCAGUCGGCAAUACCAAAUUGGGCUCGUUAGUUUUUCGUUGUGGAAUAAUGCUUUUUGUAGCAUAGCACAGCGGGAAACCAAUUUGUUGGUCCGAGACGAAUGUCCUCUAUGUGCGUGUCUUUUCGCACAGUAAAUUUUCGAGGUUGCACAAAGCACGAAGUGAGGCCAUGUGUGUUGUGUUGAUUGCGUGUAGUUUGGAACACCGAAGCACGUGUCUUGACUAUUGUUGCCAUAAGCUUAGCCUGUAAAGUAGUUGGCUUUUUGAACGAGCUCCUGCAACCAAAGAUGGAAUGCAACAUGUCAUUGUUGCCAUUCUGCGUAAUACGUAGUUGUAACGGACAUUACAAAUGGGGCUUCUGAAAUAUACAGCUGCUAUUAGAAUUAUAAUUGGCUACUGUCACGUCAGCUUUCUAUACGUGCGCCAGAUCGGAUACGUUCGCGUUGUGUGGUUUGUAUCUCUGUACAGUGUAGCAUUGCGUGGGACGAUUGGCUGCAGCAUGAGUGACAAGCCUACGAUGCAGAAAAUGAACAGGCAGCCAUGAAUCGAACUGAACUGGUUGCUCUGUGCAUGUGUGCCAGUCUGAUAACUACAGCAGUCAUUCAUUGUAAAUGGUAGUUUGUUUUCAAGUUAUCCCAAAGCAGGCCUGAAAAGAGGCAUCUUUGGCAAUGAGUAACAUGUCUUCAAUGCAUUCAAUGUCUCAGUGGCACCAUCAAGAGACACUGCAGCCACGGCUGUCCAUAUUGUGGUCAAAAUUUCAUGCAGGCGCAUUCACGCUGACUGAUCAAAUUCAAGUUGUCCAUUGAUGGCCAAUUUCGAGAUCAAAGUAAUAAUUUCUGACCCACAAAACAAAUCGGUCAGCUCUAGCCAGAUUUGAUUGUUUGAUUGUUUUUCAAAGCUUGCAAAAUUUUGAAGGUUAGUUCAUUGUAAACUUGCAGGGUGCGAGUAUUUUAGACACAACCAUCCGAGGGGUAGUGUGCAUUUCUUGCGUAUUUAGGAACCUUACAAUCAUGAUAACUACGUCUUCAUAGUCCACUGUCCAAAGUAACGACGCCAAAGCAUUCAAGUUUGAUGACUCAUGUCAACUCAAUGGGAGCUGUGCUACCCGUUGCAUUGGACACAUAAGCAGUAGAAGUGAUUUGAUGCAAGCCUUGCCUAACAAGGUAGUCUAGUAUUAUGGGGAAAUGAGGACACAUCAUAACCAAAUCAUAAUCAUACGCAAAUCAUUACCAGGUUUCAUAGCAAAGUGCUGAAGUUCGAGGGGAGAAUUCACUGGACGUCACCGUCAUUGUACUUUUAGACUAUGAUCGUACUAAACAUUUUCAUCUGCGGCACCAUGUGGCAUUGCGUCAUCUAUUUUAUGCUGUACGAGGGCAUUUUUAACCCUGUAAUUUCAGUCAUGCUUUUAAUUUCUGUGGAACGUUACUUUCGAUUCGAAACAUGUUUAUGAUUUGGUGACAGUAGAAACUGAAAUGACAUGCACGUGCUAAGACUGACCAAAGUGCUUAUAGUUUAUUGUUGCAUAUUGGUGAAAUUUUUCUAAAUGCUUGUUUACGCUGGGAGCAUGAUGUUCUUGCCUCGACACUUGGGGCAUUGGAGAGGUUCCCAGCCUAAAUGUGUUCCUUGUGGCUCCCUAAUAAAAUUGAUAAAUUGAUGCAUUCCAGUCGUUGUAAUUGCAUUUCACAAAAUGUGUGCCUUAGCACUGGGCAGUACAACUUUGCAACUGUUGUGUUCUGUGUGGUUCGCUUCUUAAGAAUUUGACAAAUGUGCAUUUUAAUUUUCGGCAGCGAAGUAUUGGUGAGCCAUGUGCACACGGCAACGUGUAGGUACUUGCCAACUGGAUGAUACUAUCAACUUUUUUAUACUUCAUUUAUUGUUCACUUAGUACAGCUUGUACUUAUGUAAUCUCCAUGCUCAUGUGUGAAACAUUGACGUGUAGUAACAGUAGCCUUCAAGUGAGACUUUAUGGAAUUGCAUUUUGCUGUUCAGAAAUAAAAAUAUAUUAUUACACUUAAAAGCCA